AUGUCCGGUCUGAUCCCCAUCCUCGAUGGCCUUGGAAACGUCACCUUCAUCAACAACUUGCUGAGCUCGGUCGGUGUUCUGGUCUCGAUCUUACCUGGCCUUCUACAGAAUGGCAACAGUACCCUUGGAUUGCUCCCAACGCCAGUCCUGCCUCCCUUCCUGGGCGGGUCACAAGGAAUACCGUGGGGCAAUAUGACGGCUGGUGGCACGAACGUCUAUGAGCAGACACCUGAUACGGGCGUGACUCGAUCCUAUGACUUUACAAUCGCUCGAGCAACACUUGCUCCUGAGGGAAUACCGAAAGAGAUGAUGCUCAUCAAUGGGCAGUACCCAGGGCCCCUGAUCGAAGCGAACUGGGGCGAUAUGAUUGAAGUGACAGUCACGAAUUCAAUCACUGGACCGGAAGAGGGGACGGCGCUUCAUUGGCAUGGUCUGCUUCAGAAAGAAACGCCUUGGUACGAUGGCGUGCCGUCUGUGCAGAUGUGUCCAAUCGCUCCGGGGAAGUCCUUCACGUACAAGUUCAAGGCGGAUCUGUAUGGGUCAAGCUGGUAUCACUCUCAUUACUCUGCGCAGUAUGCUGGUGGUCUGCUCGGCCCGAUGAUCAUUCACGGACCACGAGACAACUACCCUGGUGGAGGAAGCGAUGUCGUGGAUAUCGGUCCAGUUCUUGUAUCAGACUCGUACCUUACAGACUACUACACCCUCGUCCAACAAUCCGAAAGCAACAAUGUAGCUGUCGCGGAACUUGUCACGUCGAGCAACACUCUCAUCCAAGGCAAAGGCAAUGUAGACUGCUCGGCUGCACCAGCAGGGUCGAACUGUACGAGCAAUGCUGGACUGGCGAAGUUCAAUUUCACAAGAGGGAAGAGACAUCUCUUGCGCAUCAUCAACACUUCUGCGGCAGCAUUCAUGGUUGUCAGCCUGGACAGCCACAAGAUGACUGUCGUCGCAAACGACUUUGUCGCCGUCAAGCCGUACACUGUCAGUCAAGUUCAGCUCUUUGUCGGACAGCGGACGGACGUCCUCAUCACGGCGAAUCAAAUACCUGGGGCCUACUGGCUUCGAGUACGCCAGCCAGUACUCUGUGCUCUGUCGCUUCAACCAUUCGCCCUCGCAGCAGUCUACUACGACGGCAUCGACACCAACACCAAACCCCUCUCACUCCCCAACCUCGACUUCAUAACCCCCACCCUCAUAAACUGCGGCAACGACGCUUUGACCCUAACAGAACCCUACUACCCCAUCAAACUCGACCCCCCAGACACCACAAUCACCAUCCAAAUCACCCAAACCGUCAACGAAACCGGCUACACGCACUACGAAAUGAACGGCCAAACCUUCCGCGCAAACUACAACCACCCCUUACUAAACCUCACCUACAACGGCAACACGUCCUACCCGGACGACCCCCAAUGGAACGUCUACAACUUCGGCGCCAACGACACCAUCCGCAUCAUCUUCCAGAACAACGUUCCCUUCGGCCACCCCAUGCACGUGCACGGCCAGAAUAUGUACGUCGUCGACGAGGGCGUCGGCGCGUAUGAUGGGGUUAGUGCUGUCCGGCCGACGAAUCCGCAGAGACGCGAUACGCAGAGUCUCAAGCCGAAUGGGUAUCUGGUUGCGCAGUUGAAAGCGGAUAAUCCGGGCGUGUGGCCGUUCCAUUGUCAUAUUGCGUGGCAUGUCGGACAGGGGUUGUAUAUUAAUGUUAUGCAGAAGCCGGAGCUGGUUAGGCAGAUGGAGAUUCCCGGGGUGGUGGCGCAGAGUUGUGAUGGGUGGUGGGAGUUUACGGAUAACAAUAUUCCCAAUCAGAUUGAUUCGGGGGUGAAGCUGUUUAGAGAAGUCUGA